UCUCCAAUCUUCUCGUUCAUUUGUCUGUCUUCUUGCAUUCCUUUCUCUGAGUUGCUUGAACUUUUGGCAUUUACGAGCUGAAGCUUCAACCAAAUUGUACAUUGUGUACCUGGGAGAGAAGCAGCAUGAAGAUCCAAAUGCUGUGGCUGCAACUCACCAUGACAUGCUUACUACUCUGCUUGGGAGCAAGGAGGAAGCUCUGAGUUCCAUUCGCUACAACUACAAGCAUGGGUUUUCAGGCUUUGCAGCAAUGCUCACAGAGUCUCAGGCAAAUGCCAUUGCAGAAUUGCCUGAUGUGCUAAGCAUUAGGCCAAACCGUGCCUAUAAAGUCCAUACUACUCGAAGCUGGGACUACCUUGGACUACACUACAACCAAUCAAAAGGAUUACUGCAUGACAGUAAACUUGGAGAGGAUGUCAUAAUAGGAGUUGUUGAUACUGGAAUAUGGCCGGAGUCUCUGAGCUUCAGUGACGCUGGUCUCGGACCAAUACCGACACGAUGGAAAGGCAUUUGCCAGACUGGAGUCGGCUUCAGUGCCAGCAAUUGUAGCCGAAAAAUCAUCGGAGCUCGUUGGUACAACAAUGAUUUAAAUUCAAAGGACCUCCAAGGUGAAUACUUAUCUGCCAGAGACUCCAACGGGCAUGGAACACACACAGCGUCCACAGCUGCUGGUGUUCUCGUUAAAAACGUGAGUGUGCAUGGACUGGCUGCUGGUGCAGCGCGUGGAGGAGCACCUCGAGCAAGGUUGGCAAUAUACAAAGCAUGCUGGGGAAGCAAUGGAAGUUGCUCUGAUGCUGCGGUGCUUAAAGCCAUAGACGAUGCGAUACAUGAUGGAGUUGACGUGCUAUCUUUAUCCAUUGGAGGAAAUGGGUACCCUGAGGCUUCUUUGAAUGCGGUGGCCAAAGGAGUUAGUCUUGUUUUUGCUGGUGGGAAUGAUGGCCCUGUCACACAUACUGUAGAAAAUGCUCUUCCGUGGGUGGUCACGGUGGCAGCUUCCACCAUUGAUCGCUCUUUUCCUACUCGCAUCACUCUCGGAAAUGAUCAAGUUCUGGUGGGCCAAGGAAUCAACUAUCUAACAGAGCAGGAAAUUUUUGUACGAUUGUUUGAUGGUCAAAGUUGCGAUGUUGAUUCGUUGAAUAACACUGAUGUUGCUGGAAGUAUUGUUAUAUGUCAUCCAAAUGAUGUUACUUCAUGGAAUCCAAGAUCCGAUCUAAUCACGUCCAUAGAAAAUGUCAUUACAGCAAAUGGCGUGGGAAUUAUAUAUGCACAAUACACCAACAAUCUUCUAUUUGUUGUUGAAGUGUGUAAUAAUGCUGGAGUUAUUUGUGCCAUAGUAGAUUUUGAGGUGGCCAACCAAAUUAUAAAAUAUCAUGAUAUUAUUAUUAGUACUAACAGCACUAGUCCAAUGGUCAAGGUGAGCCAAACCAAAGAUGUUGUAGGGCCAAGUGUCCUUUCACCCAAAAUUGCCUCAUUCUCAUCAAGAGGUCCUAGUGUGGAUUUCCCUGAAUUGCUCAAGCCUGAUAUUGCUGCACCUGGAGUUACAAUCUUGGCAGCAAAGGGAAGCGCUUACGGUUUUGAUACUGGAACCUCCAUGGCAUGCCCUCAUGUUUCUGGUAUUAUUGCCCUCCUUAAGUCACUCCACCCUUACUGGUCUCCUGCAGCCAUUAAAUCAGCAUUGGUUACAACUGCAUCAAUCACCAAUGAGCAUGGAUGGCCAAUAGAGGCAGAGGGAAUACCAAGAAAGCUUGCUGAUCCUUUUGACUUUGGUGGUGGGAAUGUCAACCCUAACAGGGCUGCUGAUCCAGGUCUCAUCUUUGAUAUUGACCCAAAAGACUAUCUCAAGUACUUCAAUUGCUCAAUUGGCAUUCAAGAUGCUUGUGAUUCAACAAAGCCUCUGUACUACUUGAACUUACCAUCCAUCUCCAUUCCCAACCUCAAGACAACAGUCACUAUUUCGAGAACAGUUACUAAUGUUGGUUCAACUGAUGCUGCAUAUGAAGCUGUCUUAGAGUCUCCUGUGGGUGUUAAGAUGGUUGUUGAGCCUCCAGUUUUGAUCUUCAAUGCCACCCACACGGUGCAAACUUUUAAAGUGGAAUUCACUGCCACUGUCAAGCUGCAAGGAGAUUAUACAUUUGGUAGCUUGACUUGGUAUGACAAAGAAGACCACAGAGUUAGGAUUCCAAUUGCUACUCGGAUAGUGAUCCAAGAUUUCUUUGCUGACGCCUCCUAGAAUGAUUCUGAGCAUUAGUUGCAUUUUUAUUUUUCAUUCUUAAUUAUUCUUUAUGUAAAAUUGCUUCUAAAGAUAGUUUUAAUGUGUAAUAAAUUUGGUUAAACAUUUUGCUUUCCGUUAAAUCAACACACAUAUGGUUGUCAUUUUA